UGUUUAUUGCACCUUUGUAUAUUCACGAAUAGAGUUAAUCCUUCGAUGAUUGGGACAAGAAGAGUUCUUCAUUAAAAUAACUCUCUCUAGAUGGGAUGCUCAAUAUAUUUUUUUGUUACCGGUGACAUGUCGCGACGCCUAUCGGCUUUGCCGCGAAACACGAUGCUGGUAUAAGAUCAUCAUUAGUGUAAUAUUUUUCUAUUAUUCUUCAAUUAAUAAAUUUUUUAUAUUUUAUUAUUCAUAAAUCUUAGCGUAUUAAUACGGUAAAUCAAAUGUUGUAACAAUUAAUCACAUAAAAGUGGAAGUCGUUUAUAAUUGGAUCGCACAUCUAAUUAAUGACAAUUUCAAGGAUUACGUCUACAAAAAUCUUUCGUGAGAUAGAAAUCGCCAUAAUAUUAUUAUUUCUUGAUCAAGAAAUAACAUAACAAUUUUAUCGCAAUUCUAAAUAGUAAAAAACAAAAUACUUGUCAAUCAAAGACAAUCGAUUUGUUAUAUGUACAUAUAUGUAAAGUUCGUUGUAUAUUUGUAAUAUACGUUUAUUCAUAAUUAAAAGCGAUAAAGAGAAAGAAAAAAGGAAAUUAUAAACAUAAAAUAUUUUUGUUAAAUGUGUGAAAAACUAUGAAUCAUAUUUUUGCAAUUAAUACUUGUGGAUAUCAUACGGAUAUUGCUGUAACGAUUUACAGUAAUCGUAUAUUUUUAAUUAUAUCUCAUUUCAAGAAACUGGGAUCAUUAAUUACGGUUAAUCGAGAAUCAGCUUUAAAUCAAUUUAACAGUAAUAUUUUCUCUACCAAUAUUAUUUUUGGUAAAGACGAAGUUGAUGUUCAUGCUGCCGCUAGAUAUAUCGCAGAAGAAAUAAAUAUAGAUAAACCUUUAUUGUUGUCAUUAUCUUUAAAAGAUUAUAAUAAAGAGAUAUUAAAAACUAUAACUGAUACUAUAAAUCAGUUGAAAUUGUGGUAAUUUUGAAGACUGAUAAAAAAUAUGAGUUUAAUAUUUGGACAAUUGGUCAUUGGGCCACCUGGUAGCGGAAAAACUACAUACUGCAAUGCAAUGUGUAAAUUUUUGGAACAAAUGGGUAGAAAAGUAGCUGUUAUCAACAUAGAUCCGGCCAAUGAAAAUAUGGAAUAUACCCCACUAGUAGAUAUAUCCGAAUUAAUCGAACACGAAGAAGUAAUGUCAGUAUAUGGUCUUGGUCCGAAUGGUGCAUUAGUUUACUGUAUGGAAUUUUUAGAAGCAAAUGUCAAAUGGUUAAUUAGUAAAGUUUUAAAUUUGAAGGAUUACUACCUUAUUUUUGAUUGCCCAGGACAGGUUGAACUUUAUACACAUCAUAAAUCUGUUAGUUCAAUUGUUGAGAAAUUGACUCAGAAUUUAAUAAGAUUAUGUAGCGUACAUCUUGUAGACUCACAUCAUUGUAGCGAUCCAGGGAAAUAUUUAUCAUCUUUAAUUUUAUGUACAACUACUAUGUUGCAAUUAGGUCUACCUCAUGUUAACAUUAUGACAAAAUUUGAUGAAAUGAAAAAAUUUAACGAUCGUUUAGCGUUUAAUAUAGAUUUUUAUACAGAAGUACUCGAUUUAAAAUAUCUUCUAGAGAAAUUGGACGAGGAUCCUUUUACAGCAAAGUACAAAAAGCUUAAUGCAGCUUUAGUUUCUUUAGUUGAGGAUUAUAGUCUUGUAAGUUUUAUACCAUUGGAUGUUUCCAAUCAAGCACUUUUGUUACAAGUGAAAAAUGCUGUUGAUAAGGCAAAUGGUUACAUUUUUGGUGGAAACGAACCUAAGGAUGUUCAAACAUUAUUGGCAUGUGCUGUUGGAGCUGUCAGUGAAACAAAAAAAAUGUCUACUAUAGAUGCAUAUCUUUGAAUAAAUAUUAAAUAAUAAUAAUUGUUAUAGUAUAAUUUUUAAAUUAAAUAUAUCCAAAAAAUAUACAUUAUAUAUUUUCCUAA